AUGGGUCUUGUCUUGUAUGCAGUUCAGAGCACUUUGCGUGUUUUCUCGAUCCUGCCUGUGAUUGCCGUUUUGACUUUGAUAGCAUUCUGUGUCCGUCGCAUAUACUUUCAUCCUCUUUCCAAAUAUCCCGGUCCUCCUCUUGCCAAAGUCACAGAUUUAUAUGCGGCGUAUCAUGCAUGGAAAGGCGACAUUCAUGUCGACAUGUGGCGGCAGCAUCGUCGCUAUGGUCCACAUGUUCGUUAUGCACCCAACCGGCUGAACAUCGACAACACAAACGCGCUCAAGGACAUAUACAUGGGAUCGAAAAAUUUCCAAAAGAGUCCGAAUUAUCGCGUGCUCCGCCACGGGGCGGCGAACACAUUGACAAUGAUCAACAGAACCGAGCAUGCGCGUCGCCGCCGCAUCAUUUCCCAAGGUCUAUCAGACGCAGCCCUCCGGUCGCAUGAGCCUACAAUCAUGGCGCACAUCAAGAAAUGCUUCGAUUGCCUGACUGCCACCGACGAGCGUGAUCUAGGGCUUGAGCAGCCGAUGAGCCCGAUGAGCCAAGCUUACGGGCCAAGGGACUCGUGGACACCGCCGCGAAAUAUGUCGAAUUGGUUCAAUUGGCUGACGUUCGACAUCAUGGGCGACGUGAUUUUUGGUAUCAGAUACAACCUGCUCACAUCGGCAAUCCACCGUCGAAUACCAGAAGCAAUCGAGCAUUCCAACGUUCGCGUCAGUGUCUUGCUCCAGAGUCCCAUCAUCCGCCAAAUUGGUCGCAUUGACCGUUGGCUUUUCCCAAAGGCGAUUGGCGCUCGGAACCAAUUUCUCACUUUCGUUGGAGGACUAGUCGACCAAUGCAUGAAACCGGAAUGUACGCCAAUCGCCAGGACGGUGGUCUCCAUCUUGAGGUCGUCGCAUGAUCCGCUCACUGGGGAUAAAUUGACGGCCCGGGAGCUAUUGGCAGAGAGCACCACCCUUUGUGUGGCAGGCGCAGACACUUCAUCCACUGCACUCGCUGCCAUUUUCUUCUACCUGUCUCACACCCCUCGCGCCUACCAAAGGCUGAAGAGAGAGGUCAGGGAUGCAUUUGAAUCCGAAGACGAGAUCCAGACAGGUCCGACGUUGGCCAAACUGACCUAUCUGCGAGCGUGUAUCGACGAGGCGCUGCGCAUGUCGCCACCAGCAGGGUCUUCCUUGUCCCGUCAAGUGCAGGCAGGUGGUGCUGUCGUCGAUGGCAGAUUCUUUCCAGCGGGGGUCGAGCUGGGCGUGCCGAUCUACGGAAUCCAACACAACUCGGAGUAUUAUCCUGCGCCCUUCGAAUAUCGGCCGGAGCGGUGGCUAGAAGGCGAAUCGGGCAACACAAAGGAAAGCGUGGAGCGAGCGCGUUCGGCGUUCUGUCCUUUCUCCGUGGGCACACGAGGCUGUGUCGGAAAAGGCAUGGCGAUGGUGGAGCUCAGUCUGGCCGUGGCAUACGCGAUCUUCAGGUAUGACUUCAAAGCUGCCGACAAUGAUGAGACUCUGAAAGGAUGGGGAUUCGCGGGCGAGUUCCCGCUCGAGGACCAUAUCACAGGGUCAAAGAUGGGCCCUAUGCUGCUGUUCAAGGAGCGCGACAUACUGAACUCACCGGUGCACACACGGCCGAAGAUGCAGCUGCCCAGAAUUGUCACCCAGUUACGACCAGGAGUCCGGCCUCGUUCUGCGAGCUCGCCCGCGAUUGAUUUUUCAGCAAUGUGGAAGAACGAGCGGUAG